UAAAACCACCGAUUCCACCGAUUCACAUCUGCCCUGUGGAGACGACUUUUCACGAGGGAAUUGAGCCCCUGCCGGUGUAACAAUCGGAGUAAUUAAUUUUCGUUGAUUAAUCUGGGGAGAGGAGUGAAAAUGGCACCUGCUGCGGAACCCGUUCUCAAGGAAAAAACUGAAAAACCAUCCCGAGGAAUCAAUGCUGUCCUACUUGGACCACCGGGCAGUGGAAAGGGAACGCAGGCGCCAUGGCUGAAGGAGAGAUACUGCGUGUGUCAUUUAUCAACUGGAGACAUGCUGAGAGCGGAGGUGGAGGGUGGUUCAAAGCUAGGUGGUGAGCUGAAAAAAAUAAUGGAUCAAGGACAACUGGUGAGUGAUGAUCUGGUCGUUGAGAUGAUUGAUAAGAAUCUGGACAAGCCAGAGUGCAAGCGUGGCUUUCUCCUGGACGGUUUUCCCCGGAGUGUACCCCAGGCUGAGAAGCUCGACGACCUCUUGGCGAAGAGGAAACAGACCCUCGAUGCAGUAAUCGAGUUCGGAAUCGACGACAAUUUGCUGGUGAAGAGAAUCACUGGACGUCUCAUUCACCUGCCCAGUGGUAGGUCUUAUCACGAGGAGUUUGCACCUCCCAAGGUACCAAUGAAGGAUGAUGUCACUGGGGAGCCACUCAGCAGGAGGUCUGAUGACAAUGCCACAGCCUUGAAGAAACGUCUUGCCACCUAUCACACUCAAACUCAACCCCUCGUCGAUUACUACGCCAUUCGUGGGGUUCACAAUUACGUCAAUGCUGCCAAAUCCAGUGAGCAAGUGUUCAAGGACAUCGAUGCCAUCUUCAUGAAGGCCAUCAAGCACGAUGAGCAGAAGAAGGGCUUCUUCAGCAGGUUUUUCUGAGCUGCAUAGAAAUGUCGACGUUCAAUAGAUUCUUUCGUUGGAAAAAAAAAUAUGUUGCAAACAUUAAUGAAUUUUUGGAAAUAAUAAAGACAGCAGAAUUAUAAUUCUGUCGUAAGGGAAAUACAUGAAUAUUGAGCAAGUCUCAACUGAAAUCAUGAAUACAAAAUUUUGCAGCUAUUUCGUAGAAUUUCUUGACAAAAAUGGUUUUUCUAUUAAUUUUUUACACUCGUCGUAAUGCAAAUAGAUUCCAAUUGUACUAGAAGACUAGCUUCAAUUUUAAUGGAUAUAUAAUGGAUGCCGCUGAUAUUCAUUAAUUCCUGAAUUAUCAACUUCAAAAUCAUUUGUAAAAUUCUGCCAAUGAUUUGCGCACACCGGAAUAUUUUUUAAUCAUUAAUUCGCUCUUCUGGUUAAUAUUUCAAUGCUUGAGACGUAAAAAGAUUUAAUUGCCUAAUCAAUGUACAUACAAAGUAAGUCUAAUAUUUUUAGAUGAUGUUGAAGUUAAAGGAGACGAUCAGAGUGGAAAUACAUUUAUAAAUAUGAGGAGAUUUAUUCUGUUACAUGAAAUAGUGUAUACAAUUGGGGAAAGAUAAUAAAAUUUCUGAUAGACAA